AUGCAAUUCAACUUUAUCGCUGCUCUUGCCCUCGUCGGCGCUACUCUGGCUGCUGCCCAGAACUCGAUUGCCAUUGGCCAGCCAUGCAAGAAGGACGGCAGCAUGGGAGUAUGCGAGGGUGGUUUCUGCUUGCAACUCGCCAAUGAGAGCCAGGGAGUUUGCAAGGCCCAGUAG